UUUGAGCCUUCGGCCGCGGCGGGCGUGAUUGCGGGGAGGCAGGGUUCUCCUCCUUCGCCUGGCUUUCCUCGCUCCGUUUCCAUAGCUACAUGUGGAGACGCGUGCACAUCGACGCCUAGGCCGCAUCCUGCAUCCCCGGCGAACUCGCUGAGAUGAUGCUAAGGGGGAACCUGAAGCAAGUGCGCAUUGAGAAAAACCCGGCCCGCCUUCGCGCCCUGGAGUCGGCGGCCGGCGAGAGCGAGCCGGUGGCCGCGGCGGCCAUGGCGCUGACGCUGGCCGGGGAGCAGGCGCCGCCGCCCGCGCCCUCGGAGGAGCACCCGGACGAGGAGAUGGGCUUCACCAUCGACAUCAAGAGCUUCCUCAAGCCGGGCGAGAAGACGUACACGCAGCGCUGCCGCCUCUUCGUGGGCAACCUGCCCACCGACAUCACGGAGGAGGACUUCAAGCGGCUCUUCGAGCGCUACGGCGAGCCCAGCGAGGUCUUCAUCAACCGCGACCGCGGCUUCGGCUUCAUCCGCCUGGAAUCCAGAACACUGGCUGAAAUUGCAAAAGCAGAGCUGGAUGGCACCAUACUGAAGAGCAGACCUCUCCGAAUUCGCUUUGCUACACACGGAGCAGCCCUAACAGUCAAGAACCUUUCUCCAGUUGUUUCCAAUGAGCUUCUAGAACAAGCGUUUUCCCAGUUUGGUCCAGUAGAGAAAGCUGUUGUGGUUGUGGAUGAUCGUGGUAGAGCUACAGGAAAAGGUUUUGUAGAAUUUGCAGCGAAACCUCCUGCACGAAAGGCUCUGGAGAGAUGUGGUGAUGGGGCCUUCUUGCUGACAACAACUCCUCGUCCAGUCAUUGUAGAACCCAUGGAACAGUUUGAUGAUGAAGAUGGUUUACCAGAGAAGCUAAUGCAGAAAACUCAACAAUACCAUAAGGAAAGAGAACAGCCCCCACGGUUUGCUCAGCCUGGGACGUUUGAAUUUGAAUAUGCGUCUCGAUGGAAGGCGCUUGAUGAGAUGGAAAAGCAGCAGCGUGAACAGGUUGAUAGAAACAUCAGAGAAGCCAAAGAGAAACUGGAGGCAGAGAUGGAAGCUGCUAGACAUGAACACCAGUUGAUGCUAAUGAGGCAAGAUCUAAUGAGGCGUCAAGAAGAACUCAGACGCUUGGAAGAACUCAGAAACCAAGAAUUGCAGAAACGGAAGCAAAUACAACUGAGACAUGAAGAGGAACAUCGUCGUCGUGAAGAAGAAAUGAUCAGACACAGAGAACAGGAGGAACUGAGGCGGCAACAGGAGGGCUUUAAACCAAACUAUAUGGAAAAUGUUGUGAAGGCAACAUGAAGUUGCUGGUCUAACACAGAAGAGCUGCCACACCAGGACUGCUGGGCACGCGCUGCUGCGGUAGGUUAACUGGAGCCUGCGCAGAAGCGAGCUUCCUCUUGCAAUUCUGAAUCCGGAUUGUGCUGACAUGGGUACUGGUCCCAGUGCUGGUGGGGUUAGUCUUACUUACUGUGUAACUCACUGGGUAGUUUGGACUGGUCGUGGACAUUUCUCUUCAGUUCUGUGGCUGUUAAUGUUUUGCUCCAUGUGUGUCUGUGCCCUGCAUGUGUGCCCAGUGCCUACAGACCACAGAAGCAAGCUCUGGAUUCCCUGGAACUAGAGUUAUAGGCAGUUGUGCGCCACAUGUUGGUGCUGGGAAUCAACCCGGGGCUUUCUGGAAGAGUGGCCGGUCUCUUACCAGAGCCACCAUCUGAUUGUAACCCUUUGCCUCAGCCAGUGAGUGAUGGGCAGCAGGCCUCUGCAUGUCUGGUGGUCCUGUGGCUUUGCGCCCAGCUUAGCACAUGCACGUGUCCUGCCACUGGAGUACACCAUGGCCAGAGUCCCAGUGUUUCCUUUUCUCUUCUGGUUGUUGCUUAAGACAGUGUCUCGCUGUGGAGUCCUAGCUAGCCUAGAGCUCUUGAAACCAGUCUGGGAGUAAGGAAUGUGCUACCAAGCCCAAUGUUUUGGCAUUGGACAGUUGAGAGUUUGAGCUAAAACUUUACAAUGCUACCUGUGUCCAAGAGGCAAUGUGUGUACUGUACUCUGUGAGAAGGAUGGUGUUUUAUGCUCCAGGCUGGGUAAUCCACAGAGUGCUUGGAGGCCUUGGCUGAAACAUCCCCACAUUCUCAAUACUUGAAAGCUUUCAUUUUGAUAGCAACAAUAUUGGCUCUCUCCAGCAUUCUGCUGAGCUGCCACUCAAAAAUCCUCUCUAGCCUUGAUCUUGGGAUAAAGUGCUAUGUCGUGUGGUUACCAAAAUGUGUCCAGACGUCAGACUUAGCCAGAGCAAAUAGGGCCCAUGACCUUCCCAUUGCCAGACGGAAAACCAGGCCUCAGUACUUGUGCUCCUGUUUAGCGUUGUGUGGGGGACUAGACCUAGUGAGGCCUGUAGGAGGGGUCCUCUUGCAAGAGCAUAUUCAGACAUGGGAUCUGUCUUUCUCUGCCUUAGUCUCUGGGAAGAGAUUCUGUCUGACGACAGCCACCUGUUUGCAGGGUCACUGCCCGGGUCCAACUGCAAGCUUGGCCAUCCUGCUCCAGCUGCUGGGUCUCGGCUCCUCUCAGCUCCACAUUCUACACUUUUAGACUUAGCUUUCCUUUGGAAAGUGUCAUCAUUAAAAAUGCUGUGUAAUGGAAAGUAUGUGUGUUAAUUAAUGUCAUAGCAAAAACUCUGUUGUUUCUGUCCUACACGCCUG